UACAAGGGUAAUGGUGACAUUACAAGUGAUCAAUAUCACAAAUAUAAGGAUGAUGUCCAACUCAUGGCCAAAAUGGGUUUAGAUACUUACAGAUUUUCCAUAUCAUGGUCAAGACUUAUACCAGAUGGGAAAGGGCCGAUAAAUCCUAAGGGAUUGCAAUAUUACGACAACAUUAUCAAUGAACUAACAAACCAAGGAAUUCAACCACAUGUUACAUUGCAUCAUUGGGAUCUACCACAAGCACUUGAAGAUGAAUAUGGAGGAUGGAUUAGUCGAAGAGUUAUAAAAGACUUUACAGCAUAUGCAAAUGUAUGCUUUAGAGAGUUCGGAGAUAGAGUUAAAUAUUGGACCACAAUGAAUGAGGGGAAUGUGUUUGCAAUUGGGGGCUAUGAUUCAGGAUUUUUACCGCCUCAUAGGUGUUCUCCUUCCAAUAUAACUAAUUGCUCCACUGGAAAUUCUUCAAUUGAGCCAUAUUUGGCAGCUCAUCAUAUGUUGUUAGCACAUGCAUCAGCUGCAAGAUUGUAUAAGAAGAAGUACCAGGUCAAGCAACAUGGAGUUAUUGGGUUUAACCUCCUUCUUUUUGGUUUUCUUCCUCUAACAAAUUCUAGUGAAGACAUAAUUGCCACUCAAAGAGCACAAGACUUCUAUACUGGGUGGUUUUUGAGACCCUUAAUUUUUGGAGAAUAUCCUGAAAUCAUGAGAAAGAAUGUUGGCUCGAGGCUUCCAUUCUUCACUAGUAAGGAAUCAAAUUUGGUUAAGGGCUCAAUUGACUUUCUUGGAAUCAAUUUUUACAACUCAUUUUAUGCUAAGAACAACCCUGGCAGCCUAAAGAAAAAGAAUAGAGAUUACAAAUCAGACAUGGCUGUGGAGCUAAAACCCUACAAUGAAAAUGGUACAUUCACAGACGAGUUUCCAAUUAUACCUUGGAUUUUGCAAGGGACACUUCUCUCAUUGAAGAAUGAUUACAACAAUAUUCCAAUUUACAUUCAAGAAAAUGGUCAACAAACACGUAGUAAUUCAUCAUUAGAUGACUGGCCAAGGGUGAGGUAUUUGCAUGAAUACAUAGGUAGCAUGCUUGAUAUGUUGAGGAAUGGACUGAAUAUAAGAGGUUAUAUUGUAUGGUCCUUUUUGGAUGUGUUUGAGUUAAUAGAAGGAUAUGAAUUGAGUUAUGGAUUAUACUACAUAGAUUUCGAAGAUCCAACUUUGAGGAGACAACCUAAACUUUCUGCAAAGUGGUACUCAAAUUUUCUAAAUAACAGAACUAUGGAUUCAAAAAUCACCAUGAAAAUGAAUGAGAAUUCAUCUCUAUUCUCCAAUGCUCCCUUAAUGCAUAUUGACAUUAGCACUAGUUAAAAUAAAUGUUUUCUCUCAAAUG